AUGUCAAUUUCUCUUGAUAAGGCCGCCAACAAUGCGCCGGACGCAUCCAAUGUGCGGUGGCAAUUCAUCGACUCUUCGAACAAUAGUCGAACCAACUUAACCCAGGUGAAGCGCCAUGUUAUGCAAGAAUAUAUGCGCCAGAAGAAAGGCGGUGCUCGCCAAAGCGAAAGUGAAGAGGAAGCACCACGACCAAAACGUGGGAGGCCCAGGAAGACUCAGGGUGCGCAACGAAGAUCAAACAAAAAAUCGAAAUCAGACGGUGCCAACAAUAACAAUCAACCUCGGGCAAGGAGGUCAACCAGCAAGCAGCAAACUACACGCAAAGAAGACCUCAAUAUCGAGGUUAACUGCGAUGUGUUUGUUUCGGAUCCUAUCUCGUCGGGUCCUCCGUUGAUCGAAUCCAAUGACAUUCCCUCGUUUCCCCCUUUCCGACCCUCUUCUGCCCAAUCUCACGAUGUUCCUCUUCCACUGGAUGGCUUUGUCGAUGUACAUCCACAAAGUUCUCCGAGCCAUGAUCUAUAUUUUAACAAUUUCUCAUGGCCGUCCCCCUCCACAAUCCCAUAUCAGUUCAUGCCAUCACCAUCUACUAUGAUCAGCGAUGCGCGAAUCGACACAUUCAACACGCUUCCUCUUCCUAUAGAGUUGGAUCGAGAUGGACACAGGAUAUUUGACUCCUAUUUGAACGAUAUGCCAGCCUCCUCCUAUGGAUCCCAUUACCGGUCGCCCAUGGCCAACAACUGUUACACACCGGCCUUCGUGCCUGGGACAAUGAAAGGCCAAACUCAAAAAACCCUUCUUCAAAGAGAUCAUGCUGUCUCCGUGCUCCGGGAGCACCGCUCCGACAACCCUCAUGACAUCUCCGAUGUUGCAAUCAUGUCCUGUCUGAGUGCUGCAGCCUUAGAGGACUGCGAUCCCCGGCCAGGCCACAAAGAAAUAAGCUGGGUGCACAUGCGAGCCGCACGAGAGAUGAUACGAGCGCGUGGUGGUCCCGCUGCAUUUGCAAACACUCGUAUCGGCAUGAUGAUCAACUGGCAAAAUUACAUCUUGCCGGGCUAUGAGGCCAACGGACCCAGCUUCUUCUAUGAAUACGACCAACAUGCCCCAGUCUCGUCUGCGUCUCUAGCAUCACUGCCCCAGCCCACCCCAAACCCGCGCUCAAUGCCAUCUCCACCAUAUUCCACCUCCUCGGCCUUCUCAGAAGUCUCGCCCAGCCCCGAACCUCGAAUAAUGCUCCCAUCACACUCCGAAGCGAUCCCAGUAGAUGAGAUCAAAUUCCAAUGCGAAGAAUUUUUCGACUUCCUCCGACGCUGUGAACAACUCGCCCUAUACCAACGCGAUAACCCUCAAUCAUCGUACAUAACCCGACAUACAGCAGUCCAGGAAACAUCCAUCCUCCGCCAAAUCCUCGCGGCACCCCCAGGCGCCCGAUUCACCACCUCAGACGACCGAAAACAAAUGGUCGCCCGGUUAACAGCGUUGAUGACACUCAAUGCCGCGAUGUGGGAUUACCGCAACACCCCAGCGCGCGCAGCAAUCUUCCUCGACACGCUCGAGAAAUCCCUGGUCGACAGCGAAGUCGGCAUAAAUGGCUCCGUCGAUGCCAGGCUCCAAACCCUUCUUGAAUGCAGCAACGGCACUCUUGAUGGCUGGCCCACCAGUGCCGCCGGCUUUGCUUCCGCUGCCCCGGUAGAGGAGCUCCCAGACUUCUCUCAAUACUUUCCGACUGCUACUUCGCCCUCUGCGCGUCCGUGGUUCGCGGGCCGUAUGAUGAAGGUUGCUCAGCGGUUGAGCCCUCUGUCGUGGUACCGGAUUAAUGAGUUUUUGUUCUCGUGUUUGACCCUCCAGGUGCAGGAGUCGUCUACGGCUCUCUGGGAAGCGGAUCUUCGUCGCGAGAUCCUCGAUGCGCCGACUACUUAUGUUAUGCGCUCAUUGACUGAGUGA